GCAGGUCUUCAGUCAUCACCGAGCGAUCCUCUCUCCUUGGCCUGAAGGGGACUCCUGAAGAGCCGGUGCAGAGAUGCCAGCGCACCUCCUGUUUCCUCUUCCCUGGCUCGGCAGCUCGGUCGUGACACUUUGUACAGGUCACUGAUGAAAUAACCGCCUCUCCACGCACAGGCCGCACCCCUGGGGAGUUUAGCCUUCCUAUAACCUCUCCGCUUGGCACUCGGAUGCAGAUCACAGAACACUGCUCAGAAACUCGGUCUUCAACAUGGCGAGUGUGUGGAUGCUGCUGCUUUUGAAGAGUUUUUUUAUGUGUGGUCUGUCCUUGGAUACCAAACUGAUCAAAGUGUACCCUAAACAGCCCAUCCUUGGCGUUUUUCAAGCUUCCCUGGGAAAUAAAUACGAAUUAAACGCAUCAGCAGCCCGAGAUGUUUGCGAGCAUCUGGGUGUGACUAUUGCAAGCAAAGCCCAAGUGGUGGAAGCCCAGAAACAUGGUCUUGAAACAUGCAGGUUUGGGUGGAUAGAUGAACAAAUUGCUGUUGUCCCAAGAGUUCAAGUUAAGUCGAACUGUGGCAGCGGUGAAGUCGGGGUUGUCGCGUGGCGGGCAGAUGUCAAUACGAAGUUUGAUGUCUUUUGCUUCAAUUUAAUAGAUUUUGAGAUCCAAAAUCAGGCCAUGACCGCAGACCAAAAGAGCACAGAGAAGCCAAUAACAACCACUCCAAAAGCAUCCACAUCAUCUCCACUCAGUUCUUUUUCUAUUCCUCCCGCCCUCUCUCACAACCCCAACCCUAAUGAAAUAGAAGUAGAGAGACAUUUGCCUAUGAGUGGUACUCCGGCCUCAGUUGGCGUUGUUCCAGUUGCCUUAUUGAUCACCGUCACCUUUGUUGCCCUAUUGGCUGUAUUUCUUGCACUUCAUUUCAAAAUGAACAGAAGCUGCCGGAUGUUCCGUGAUGCUGAGCGGCGACAGGAGGACAUUGAGACAGAGGUUUGGAAGCACUGCAGUGAAAAAGACCUACAGAAGACACAGGAGGAGAACGUGCAGGAGAAAGAAGAAGAAAACGACAGCAACAGCAGCAGUUCUCCUGACCAAGACUGAAAGUAGUGCUUUUCUUGCUAUUUAACCAAACAUGGACCCGUGGAGCGUUACCAGUGUGUGUCAGAAUGCCGAAGUUCUGUCCCAAAAUAGCACAGAUAUGUUUAUUUAUAUGUGAGCUGUGAUUGAUGUAUUAUUACAUUCAAUAUUUUUAUAGUUUUACUGUUUUUUAGAUGUUUAAUAAUUAAAAAUUCCACAAUAAAUUUCAGUGUUGUUUUGCUUGAGAAUGGAUGUAUUGAUGCUAUGCUCCCCUUCCUCAUUUUUUCAAACUUAUGGAGUUAGAGAAUAUAUUUGAAUUAGAUUAACGUUUUUAUAGAUUAAACUCUCUACUGAUUAAACAAACAAUUUACUUGUG